AGCAGUAAGUCGUCCGACCUCGACUCUGAAUGUGGCACCCGUUGCUUCGGCGAGCUUGCGAAGCAAAUUGCUGAAGAUUAUACCCACACUGAACAGCAACGAAAUGGAAAGCAUUGUCGAUGUGGAACCCACAGCAGCACUGCCCAUCACAAGUGAUCUUGUUGAACGUUUGGUUGACGAAUUUCAGACAUUGAAGAACGCCAUGAAUGUCGUGGAACUGCAGCUGUAUGAAGCUAAUGAGAAAAUAGCCGAGUUGUUGGAGAAUCAACACCACUUGGAGGAGGAAAACGAAACGUUGCGGACGGAAAAUACAAAUCUGACCAAAGUCGCCAAACUGUUAACGGAAAAUAUGAAGGAGAGCGUUGAGACAAGCAAGAAAAUGGAGGUAGCGCUCAUAAAAUUAAAGCAACGCAACGAUGAAUUAAAUGCAAAGACGCGCGACAUUACUGAUGGCCAGCCUGAACAAAGUCCUUCGCCAACCACGGUCAAGGCAAAUGAAGAGUUCGAACAAAUUAAGGAAGAAGUCGAAAGUCAAAAUCGUGAUCAUAAUGAGCGCAUUGUGGAAAUGAAAUCUCUUAUGGAAGCGGCUAUACAAAAAAAUACUAACGAUGAACUAAACACUUUCAAACUGAAAGUGGAAAUUCUGGAAGAGGAGCUACGCAAGGCGAUUGCACGUGCCGAGCAUGCCGAGAUUGAAUUACAGAAAUACAAAAAUAACGCUAAUACAUCGACAAACUGCCCAACAACAUCUGAACAAACUGAACCAUUAAAUAUGACAGCCACAGCGGCUGCACCACCACCCCCACCACCGCCACCGCCUCCACCACCACCACUUCCUCCACCACUACCAAUUAAAUUAAUGUAUAAGCAGUCGGACGAUGUGCCCGGUGGUGCAGCAACAUUCAGCGAUAGUAUCGUAGCGCACAAUUUGCAGAAGGAGAGUAGAAGCGAUAAAAUUAUUGGUACUGUUAAACAACAAGUGCAAAGCGCAGCAACAG